AUGUCAACAUGUUACAAAGUAUUCUUCAACUUUAGAGGACCCGAUACACACUUGGACAUUGCUGAUAUCCUGUAUACCAAUCUCAUUGAUGUUGGAAUUCGAGCAUACAGAGAUAACGAAGAGCUCCGUACUGGCGAAGAGAUCGGUCCAGUGCUUCUCCAAGCAAUUGAGCAGUCCAAAAUCUUGAUACCCAUCUUCUCUAAAGGCUAUGCCAACAGUAAGUGGCGUCUUACGGAAUUGGUACAGACGGUGAAGUGCAAGAGAGCUACGGGGCAGAAGAUUGUGCCCAUUUUCUUUGGUGUCAGGCCAUCUGAGGUUCGAAACCAAAUUGGGGAUUAUGGUGAGGCCUUUCUUUUGCACGUGAAGAAGAAGCAGUUUGAUGAAAACACCAUGCUUGGGUGUAAGGCUGCUCUCAAUGAGAUAGGAGCCUUAAAAGGGAUGGGAUUUCCAAAGCAAUCCGAAUAG